UCUUAUAAAUAGACCCUUCUCCUCCACUUAAGCAAUCACCAUUUCUGAACUUAAAAGCUUUAUCAGGUUAGCAAAAAUAUAAUGGAGUCGAAUCGCAAGCGCAGAGGGUUCAUGAAGGGCAAGUUGAUUCCAUUCUACAGAUCUUCGAAGGCUACUUCAACUGUACAGUAUAGUAGCAAGGUAAAACCUAGCCAGUCUUCUCCUUCAGCUGCUUCAGUAGGUUUUGUCGUCCAUCAGGACUAUAUUAUUACCCCGCCGAAGCAGAAGGUCUCCUUUAUCGUGCCAACAGCUGACAGCAACCGGGAUAAAUACUUAUCCCAGUUUGAUAAGCUAUAUGGGGUCGCCGGAGAUGAAGGUGUAGAUAUCAAAGCUGCUACCUAUAUUUCUUCUGUUCAAGAACGUUUCAAGCUUGAAAGAAGCAACUCCGAGCGAAUCAAAUAUGAUGAUAAGAAGUAAAUUAAUUAUCAAAAUAAUUAACGCAGCUAAGCUAAAUUUAUCCAUAUUCUAUACUUCUAGCAUGGACGACGAAUAAUUUUUUUAAGGUAAUUUUAACAGAAACAGCUAGUUAAGUGUGUUUUGAUUAAUGCGUUUUGUAAUAUUACUUGAUGAAGUUGUGAAAGGUGGAAAUAUUAAUUUUAGCUUAGUUCAUUUAAUUAA